AUCUUUGCGAGGUCAGUUCAGUUUCAAUCGAGACGACACAGUACGCAUUCCGCAAUUUUAAGUUUUGUUUCAGUGUAUUCGCUUCGCGGGAAUAUAGUUUAUGCUUUUUUGUUAAUAUUUAUUUAUUCCUUCGACUCGAGUGGAUAUACGUUGUAAAGUUUAUUUUAUUCACUUGCUUAUUUCCCACACAACAUUUUUCAACUCAAACAAAAAAGAAAUACUAUCACACUAUCGUGUCGUUUGUCUUCCAUUAUCUCUACAACAAGUUAAAAAUAAAACAAUCAUAAUUUUUUACAAUUAUUUUAAUAGAGAAUCAUCAUCAAUCGAUUUGAUACGACGUUUUAGAAAAAAAUCCUAUAAGAGUGUAUACCUACCACGACCACCUGAACGAACACAUAGCCAGCAAAAAUAAUAAAGAGAUUUUAUUUUGUAAAAAAAAAACAAAAAUGACGAGAUAGUUUAUAAUAAGUUCAUUUCCUUGUUCAAUACAUUAACGUGUCUACUUAUGUAAUAUUUAUGUAUUUAAAUUGAAAUAAAAUUAUGGAUUUUUAAAAGUGUUGGUCUCAAGAGCGCCAGACAACAUAAUAUACACAAUCCAUCCCACUGAUAAAUAAAAUUGGGCUUCCAAAAGAAGAAAACAAAAAAAUCCUAGCUCAACACCACCUACUCAUCUUAAAAAUGCUCUGAAAAUCACUAUUUAUAAUCCUCGUUUUGGUUUUUAAUUUUUAUACCAAAGCACGUUAAAAAUACAUAUAGAAAUGGACAAUUUUAUGCAACAAAUACAAAACAAAUAUUCAUUUAUUGAUAAUUUGUUGAAAAACUUUUGGAAAUCAUGGAUAAAAUCAAAUCUUUCAAUCAAAUUAGAGCUUCAAAAUAUAAAAUGGAAAAACAGCAGGGCGAAACCUGGAUGCGCAUAUGUUCCUACAGAGGUGGAACAAAUGGCCAAUUGUAUAACACAUGGAGUUUGGGUUGUACCGUCUAUAAUGGCAGCAAUGAAGCUAGUUGAAAGAUCAAAGACUUCUGGACAAUUAUUAGUUGCGUGGGUUUAUGGAACAGCACUGAGUCUUUUAUUUUGUGUAUCCACAUUCUUCCACUGCUCAUUUUACUGUGAUCGCAAAAGAGGACUCAAAAAUGUUUUACAUCGCUGUGAUCGAGCUAUGAUCUAUGUAUUUAUUGCUGGAUCAUAUUUUCCUUGGCUACAACUUGAGAAUCCACAACACUCAAUUGUUUUGGCUUCCUUAGAAUGGAUAAUUUGGAUAAUGACAGCUUUAGGAAUAACUUAUCAACAGAUAUUCCAUGAACGGUAUAAAUGUUUAGAGACAUUUUUCUACCUUUUAAUUGGGUUGGGACCUGCUAUUGUCUUAAUCGUUACAGGUCAAGAAUUUAAUGGCAUGACAGAGCUUAAACUUGGUGGCUUCUUUUACAUAGUUGGAAUAAUAUUUUUUAAGUCUGAUGGAAUCAUACCAAUGGCACAUGCUAUCUGGCAUUUGUUUGUUGUUCUAGCAGCAGGCUUCCAUUAUUAUGCUAUUUUAAAGCAUCUGUUUCCCACCGAUAUAAGUGAAACUAUUAAUGUGUUUUAAGCAAAAACACAUAACAACAUAUAUUAUUAUAUAUAUAUUAUCUAAUUAGAUUUUUUUUGUAGAUGUAUAUACAUACUAUAUAAUAUAUAUAUAUAUAUAUGUAAUUAUAAACAAAUUAAGGCUAAAAGAAUAUUAAGACAGUGAUUUGAACCAAAUAGAUACCUAGUCAGUGAUGUCCCAAAUAUAAGUAAAGUAUAUAUUUAUAUAUUUGAUAGAAAUAGAGGUUUUUGUUUUAAUGCAAAAGGAAGUUCGAGUUUAACAAUUUAAAAAAAAGUACCUUCUGAUCAACUGUUGUUUAUUUUGAU